CUCACGCCCACCAUAACCUUAUCGAGCACCGUCCACAGAUAAUCAUCUCUCGUCUUUCUUCUUCAAGCUUCCAAAAUCUCAAGAUAACCUCCAUAACAGCUCAGGCGAAUAACAUACUGCAAGAAACUCACCCUUAAAAUAUCACCAAUUUACAUUGAUUACCCCUAUCGAAUCUUCAACUUUAGUUAUCCAAAUAAUUGCUCAUGGCGUCACCUGAAAAGCCGCCGCCGGCGAUCAUCGUCCAACCGGCGUCCCCAAGGUUUCCAAAACCCGGCGCUUUAAGUGCCGGAACUCAGAGGAAAGUUGCGAUAGCAGUCGAUCUGAGCGAUGAGAGUGCAUACGCCGUGAAUUGGGCAGUUCAGAAUUACCUCCGCCCUGGAGAUUCCGUCAUACUCCUCCACGUCCGUCCUACAUCUGUCCUGUACGGCGCAGAUUGGGGCGUCGUGGAGGAUCCCGACACCGCCACCGAUGAAGAAUCGCAGCAAAAACUCGAAGAUGAUUUCGACGCGUUUACAACCACCAAAGCAAACGAUAUCGCAAAGCCACUAGUCGAUGCCCAAAUCAAUUUCAAGAUCCAUAUAGUGAAAGAUCAUGAUAUGAAGGAGCGAUUGUGUUUGGAAGUUGAAAGGCUAGGGUUAAGUGCUGUGAUUAUGGGGAGCCGAGGGUUUGGUGCUUCUAGAAGGACAUCGAAAGGGCAGAGGCUUGGGAGUGUUAGUGAUUACUGUGUGCAUCACUGUGUGUGUCCGGUGGUGGUUGUGAGAUAUCCAGAUGAUAAAGAUGGCGAAAUUGCUGUUGGAUCACCUCUUCGUGUGAAUGGCGGCAGCGAGGUUUCACUGCAUCCGGUGCCGGAGGAGGAACCGGAGUUUCAUGAUGCAUCGGAUAAACAAUCAGAUCUGGAAAAGCCCUCCUAAAGAAGGGUUUUGGUAUUUGGGUGUUUUGUUGGUGUUUGUUGUGUGUUUCAAAGUGUUUUGGGGAUGAUGAAGAGGUUGCUGAUGUUUUCCUGUUUAAGGGUUUAUUUAGGGUUUAAAAGUGGAUGGUGUUCAGCUGUUUAUGUGUUAAAGCAUUGUCAAAUAGAGUGCUUGUUGAGGUGGUUUGUUGUUAUUAUUAUGGCCUCUUUGAGAUGGAAUGAAAGUUAAUUAUAUUUGUUGUUUUAACAUUCUUAUUCUG